AUGUCUAAUUCAAAUAAUAAAGCAUCUUACAUAAAGCCAUUCCUCUUCGGAGGCAUUUCAGGAUGCACAGCCGUUGCAAUUAUCAUGCCUUUGGAUACAUGGAAGGUCAGACUCUAGAUUUAUAGCGAAAGCAAAGGGAUAAGUCAUGGUUCAACGAAGGUUUCUCCAAUCGAAGUGGCAAAGGAAAUGUAUAGAGUGGAGGGACUGAAAGGGUUCUACCAAGGGUAUAUAGAAGUGCUAUCUGAUAUAAUAGGUUGGGAUCUGCGAUGUUGAGACAAUUGACUUAUGCCACUGCUAGACUGGGAAUAUACAAGGUGAUUGUAGAUUAGGUUAAGAUCAAUCAAAAAAGUAAGAAUAACUGUAUAACUUGAUUAGGAGAUCUGAGUUUCUUCGAGAAAGUGGGGGCAUCCUCUUUUUCUGGUUUGUGUGGAGCUUUGAUUGGCAAUCCUACAGACAUUUGUUUGGUAAGAUUUUAGGCGGAUGCAACUCUGCCAGUAGCAGAACGCAGAAAUUACAAAAACGCUUUUGAUGCUUUAUAUCGAAUAACAAAGGAGGAGGGAGUGCCCACUUUAUGGAGAGGGUCAACUCCCACAGUAUUAAGAGCAAUUGCAAUAACAGUGGGUUAAUUGACAACUUACGAUGAGAUUAAGCAGUGGUGUAUGAAAAUAUUCUUAAGAAAGAGGGAGAGUAUGUCAGAUCGAAUCAUGUAUAUAGAGAUAAUAGUAAUCAAAUAGGGCAUCUGUUGGAGCUGGUGUAGUCACAUCUGUGUUGUCAUUACCCUUCGAUAAUAUGAAGACCAAACUUUAGAAGAUGAAGGUGUAGGCGAAUGGAAAGUACCCGUAUUCAGGAGUUGCUGAUUGUUUCCUAAAGACUGUUCAAAGAGAGAAGUUAACAGGAUUGUGGGUUGGAUUGCCUGUUUAUUUUGCGAGAGUGGCUCCUCAAUCGAUAAUCAUUUUGUUGGUGUAGGAUUUGCUUCAUCAUGUUUUUGAGAAGCAUUGAUUAAUAUUUGUUUAUUUU